CAUAGUAACAAUAAUCUUACGGAUUCCUUUCGAACGAUACUUAGUUUCUUGCUUCAUUGUAUUUAUUGUGUCGUAGUACUUUACCUUAGCCUCUUAAAUAACUAACCUAACUAGUCCUUCUCCUAGCACGGUUUCUGACUUUCCCCCUGUAAGUCCCCUUGUAAGUCCUGCACCUUUAGCCAGCUCCACGAUCUUCAUCUCGAUAGUGCCUAGACACAUUGUCACUUCUGCUGGGCUCCUAGUCAACUCCUUAGACUACCUAGCUAUCUUUAUAAACAGCCCUGUUCCCGCACCUCCUUCUUCUUCUCUUAUUUUCUACAUUCUCUAUUCUCUAUAACCUCAUCUACCACCAUAGGCAUUGCGUACCGAACUGAGCCAGUCUUGUUCAAGCUCUUCUUCCCUUAACGUAAUCUCUUAGCCUUGCAAUACCGUCACAAUGGCUCCUGAUAUUAAUUCCCUACCACGGUCAGAACCUAGUCUAGAUGGCCCCCGCCAAGCAGCUCCUCCGCCGGUGGCCAAUGGCAUCAAUGGUACCAACGGCUCUUCCGAGAAGCCUCCUAAUAUUCUUUUCCUUAUGGCGGAUCAGUUAGCUGCUCCGUUGCUCAAGAUAUACAACUUGGAAUCUCAGAUCAAGACUCCCAAUCUUGACGCCCUAGCAGCCAAGUCUGUCCAGUUCGACUCUGCAUACUGCCCCUCUCCCCUCUGCGCUCCCUCCCGUAUGAGCUUGAUUUCUGGUCAACUACCCAUGAAAAUUGGGGCGUACGACAAUGCUUCACAGAUCGGAAGCGAUGUGCCCACCUAUGCUCACUAUCUGCGCCUGAAGGGUUAUCACACUGCUUUAGCCGGCAAGAUGCAUUUUGUGGGAGACCAGCUUCACGGGUAUGAAACUCGUCUCACCAGUGAUAUUUACCCUGGCGACUUUGGCUGGGCUGUCAACUGGGAUGAGCCUGAUAGGCGGUUGGAAUGGUAUCACAACGCGAGCUCUAUCCUCCAAGCGGGCACUUGCGUGCGAAGCAACCAAUUAGACUAUGACGAGGAGGUUAUGUAUAGGUCAACUCAGUUCCUUUACGACCAGGUCCGCGAAGGGCCAGAUACGAGGCCGUUCUGCUUGACAGUCUCUCUUACCCACCCCCAUGACCCGUACACCAUUGAGGAAAAGUACUGGGAUUUCUACGAAGGUGUAGAUAUUGAGUUGCCUAAAGUCAAGAUUCCCAAGGAGGAACAGGACGCCCACAGCAAGCGACUGAUGAAGGUGUGCGACCUCUGGGGUGAGGAUUUCACAGAUGACCAAAUUAAGCGAGCUCGAAGAGCAUACUACGGUGCGGUUAGCUACGUUGACGACUGCAUUGGGCGUAUCCUUCGUGUGCUCAAAAACUGCCGGCUUGAUGAGAACACUAUCGUUGUUUUCAGCGGGGAUCACGGUGACAUGCUUGGAGAACGUGGGUUAUGGUAUAAGAUGAGCUACUUCGAGUCGUCAGUACGAGUACCCCUCUUGAUCUCCGACCCUCGGCGCUUCACCCCUCGUCGCGUGAAGCAGAAUGUGUCAACUCUGGACAUUCUUCCGACGUUGUGCGACCUCGUCGGUACCAAGCCUAUUCCCGGUUUACCCAUGGAUGGUCUUUCGCUUCUCCCCCACUUGGAGGGUAGAGAGGGUCACGACACCGUGAUUGCCGAGUAUACCGGCGAAGGAACUAUCAGCCCAUACAUGAUGAUUCGACGUGGUCCUUGGAAGUACAUUACGUGCCCAACAGACCCGCCGCAACUUUACAACCUCGAGCGCGACCCUCUCGAGCUUGUUAACCUAGCACAACUCGUUAACAAGAAGGAGGCGCUUGCUCCUGAGGAAGAGGAAGCGAAAGAGAAGUUCGAGAAGUUCGAAGCCGAGGCCAAGGCUCGGUGGGACUUCGAUGCCAUCACGAAACAAGUACUACUAUCACAACGGACACGAAGACUUGUGUGGGGUGCUUUGAACAAGGGCAAGUUCGAGGCAUGGGAUUAUAAUCCCGGCGACAAUGGCACUUCAAAAUAUAUUCGGUCUUUCCUGCCCCUCGAUGACCUGGAGCGUCGUGCUAGAUACCCUCCUGUUGACAAGUACGGCCGGGAGACCGGAAGAGUUAUUAUAGAUCAGGCCGGCUCACAUGGCGAGUAGCGGUCAGCUUCUAUGAUUCCUCUUAUAAUAUGAAAUGUGACAUGUUUUUGGUUGGGGAUUAAUAAAGGCCUAUGUAGGUGGUGAUGCAUCUGCGGCGCCUAAGCACAUUUGAGGACGGACUGCUUUAGUCCGAAAACCACGGUGGUUAUUGAUUAGGAUUUAGCGACGAGUUACGGAUGAGUGAUUUCAUGGGAUUGGAAAAGAAAAGAAAAGAAAAACAAAAUGAGGAUGGACUAGAUACCUACCUAGACCUACCUAACCUAGGUAGUUAUCUUUGAAAAUAAGUGCGUUAAUUAAGAAGUCGAUAGGCAAUUGAGACUUGACUGAAU